GGAAAAAAAGCACAGUGGUAGGCUACAUCUUCGCACAAUACCUACGUGUCUGAGUGAAACUUCAGGACUGUCAGACCACAUGGUGAAGCGACAGCAGAUGAAGGACACCCUCCAGCUGUGCAUAGACAGACGUAAAGACGAUCUGCAUAGUUUGGGUCGGGACAUUUGGAGCCGACCUGAACUCGCAGGAAACGAGACGCAUGCGCAUGAGAGGCUGGUCCGCUUCUUCUCGCAGGAGCAGACAUGGAGGGUCGAAAGUCACUACAAGCUACCGACCGCAUUCCGGGCCAUCUGGGGUCCGGUCGGUGGCGGGGAGGGCGAGCCGGUGCUGAACGUGGGGUUCCUGUGCGAGUACGACGCGCUGCCGGGUAUCGGGCACGCGUGCGGGCACAACCUGAUAGCAGAGGUGGGAGCUGCCGCUGCUGUAGGGCUGAAAGCUGCUUUGGAAAACCAGACUGAACUCCCUGUCCCAGUGAAGAUAACUGUUCUGGGAACUCCUGCAGAGGAGGCUAUAGGAGGAAAGCUUGAUCUGAUCAAGGCGGGGGCCUUCGCUGACAUCGACCUCGUCUUCAUGGCUCACCCUGCUCAGCAAGAUGCUUCAUUCCUGCCCUGCGUCGCACUCGAUGAGAUAUCAGUGAAGUACCACGGGAAGGCAUCUCAUGCUUCUGCAUACCCUUGGGAGGGGGUGAAUGCCCUGGAUGCUGCUGUGCUGGCCUACAACAACCUCUCUGCACUCAGACAGCAGCUCAAACCGGAGUGGAGGCUUCAUGGCAUCAUCAAACAUGGAGGGGUGAAGCCAAACAUCAUCCCUGCCUACUCGGAGUUAGAGUUUUAUCUGCGCACACCGCUGGUUAAGGAUCUUUGUGACCUGAAGGCCAAAGCGGAGGCAUGCUUCAGGGCAGCGGCUGUUGCCACAGGCUGCCAAGUGGAGAUAGUCUACCCCACAGGUGCCUACUAUAACAUUCUGCCUAAUGCUACUUUGGCUAGCCUAUAUGAAAGUAAUGGAAAAGCUUUGGGGAUUCAGUUUCCAGAGGAGCCAGCCAACUUCUCUGGUUCUACAGACUUUGGCAACGUAUCAUUCAUCGUCCCUGGUAUCCACCCUUUCUUUUACAUCUGCACUGACGCGUUAAACCACACUGAGGACUACACCGAAGCAGCAGGAGCUGAAAAGGCCCAGUUGUUCACCCUGAGGACAGCCAAAGCCCUGGCUAUGACAGCUGUGGAUGUAGUGUGCUGCCCUGUUCUGCUGAGGCAAGUGAGAGAGGACUUCAGCCUCGCCAAACUGAAACAGGAGAAAUGACUAGAAGAGAAUGAUACAGCUUUAACAGCUCCAUAAAAACAAUGAUUUUAAAACAGAAACUAUAGGAAAACAAUAUUAGUUAGCCUUUUGGCUAACACUGGCACAUAGACAGUGAUGUUGAUCAGUGUGCAUUGGUAGAAAAUGUCUCACCAUAUAAAUACUUAGGCACUCUUUUUGAUGACCAUCUUGAAUUUGAUAGAAACACCACCGCCAUUGUGAAGAGGGGACAAUCUCCUCUAUCUUCUCCGCAAACUAAACUCCUUUUCUGUCAUGGUGGUCAUCCUGUGUAGAUUUUAUCUUUAUUUUUUAUCUUUUAUUUUUUUAUCUUUUAUUGAGAGUCUUUUAAGUUUUUCUUUUAUCUGUUGGUUUCACAGUCUGACAGUUAAAGACAGGAACAGUUUGAACAACAUUGUAAAGAUCUGUUCUAAAAUCAUCAGAGUGAAACAGAGAGACCUUAAUGCCUUCUAUAACCAACAAAUAGUCUGGAAGGCAAUAAGUAUUUUCCUCUGGCAGGUGAAUUCUCUCUGUUGCCUUCUGGACGUCAUCAUGCACUACCUGUGUGCAAGACGCCACUCCAAAUCUUUUAUUCCUUCGGCAAUCAGACUUUUAAACUCCCUGUAGGUCCUUUUUUGGGGUUUCAAAUGUGCACAUACUGGCUGCUUGUAUGUUGUGAAUGUUGUGUGUUAUGUAUUGUUGCAAACAUGCUGCUCUUAACCAAUUGCCCCUAGUUGUAUUAAUAAAGUUGAUUGAAUAGAAUAGAAUUGUCCUUGAAAAAAUAACAGACACUUUAAAAACUAAAUUUUAGGUCAUUUUAUAGCUGUCAGUAUUGGUUGUGUUUGCCUUGAACUUAAGAGCCCACUUUGGCAAACCACAAUUCAACAGUUUCUAUGGUUAACCUUGAAGAAUAGAGCCAUAUAACUACUUCAGUGUGGUAAUAAUAUUUAUGACAACAGAGCUGCUGAGUAUCUCAUAGACAGUCUUUGCUGGGUUUGACAAACUCAUUCCCACUACACUAGUUUUACCGACUAUUCUUGCCGAGAUUCAAUACCAACAUGAGUACCUGCUUUUUUUAGGUGUUGUGGUGCCAGGAACAGAAAUACGUUACCUUUGCGCAUUAAAUUGAUGAUUAAGUAAAUAAUAAAUAAGGCAUAUGGGAAACUAAGAAGUGUAAGCUUAUCAUCCUAGUUAUAAUGUAAUGUAAUUUUUUAAAACAUUGGUCACAGAUCUAGUGAAAAUCAGGUUAUUUUUCCUUUUUAUGUCUUUCUGCUGCUGUGAUGCCUUUGUUCAUGUUUUUUUGAAGGAUGAUGGUGCACAAAGUUUGAAUUGUCACUGUACCCUCUGGGAAAUUACUUAAAUUUAAAAUAAUUAAAACAAAAGUUUUUUUUUAAAUAGAAAAAUUCUUCAGCAUAAUCCGCACUUUUGCCUGCUAGAAAUCAGAGAAAUUGUUUUUUUAAAAAUAGGCAUAAUGUGAUAUCCCUUAUGUCACAUGUGAGCAGUUAAUGGUAUUAUGGAACAUGUAGUUAAUAUGAAUGAUCAUCAGCAAUCAGACCUGUGCCAGAGAGAGAAGAGAGACCCUGUAGCUGGUAGCAAUCCAGUGUCAAAUAACUGUGAAAGCUUAUCCUGCAGCACUGUUUAAAUAUACUGUAUAGGAAGAAGCAGGAAAAUAGGAUUUGGGAUGAAGACUUUACAGGGCAUACCAGAAAGAUGUCACCAAAUGAAGAGUCUGUUUUGUGUGUAUUUAGUUGAUUUUUAUUGAUUGGUGUCUGCAGAAGCAAUAUUCAGGAGCCAUGCAUCUCAAUCCAUUUUCAUUUGUACAAAUUAAAUGUAUUACAUAAAGGAGA